AAGUCGCUUGCCUCGCAUGCGUUUUAGCAAGUAAGUUGCUUUUUGAAAAAGGACGCUUUUAGUAAAGAGCUUUUUGCGUUUUCUUUUAUCGCUUCUCCCCGCAUGGCAUGGCCAAAACGAAAACGUGUUUGGAGGACGGAUUUCCACGCACUGUAAAACAAACAAAACACGCGAAAUGAAACUUUUUGACUUGCGGCAGUUCCAAAAACUGGUUUUUGGGGCUGAAGAAGGUUUCUUCGCGAUCGGUUUGACUUCCGCGUUACGAUGGGAUUUCGUUUCACUCGUUGGUGCUCUUUUUCUUCAAAUGUUUUCAACGUUCAAAAGGAACAAAAGGAAAUAGUGACGCCGCCCCGUCCGUGGCUAAAGGUCUGCAAAAGACAAAAGGAGAAAAAAAAAACAGGCCUCGGAUUUGCACAAUAAUCGGGUUGUCCCCAAAUCCCAACUUUGUCGUCAUCAUUUGGUUGCUAAAGAAGAAAAUCGACAGAAUCAGUUCUCUUUUUUCCAAGGAUCAUGAAUCACUCGUGAGGCAACUGUCCAAAAAUCCUGUACAGGCCCAUUGCUUUCUUUAUCGUCUUUCGUUAUACGACGAACAGUUUCACAACUUUUAAACUCUCUUGGCGGGCGGACGGAUGAACGUGCCUUCGACCCAACCCCAGGUUCCUUCUCCGCUAGCCCGCGACGCGAGACGGGACCGCAGAAGGAGGCGAGAUCAAGACGAUGGAGUGCCCCCUGUACGAAGAAGGCGCAUGGUAUUGUGGCCUGAGAGUAGUGACAAGUGGUAUAAAGCAUGGAUGAUCAUGACAAGAAUCCUGACGUUCUUCAUCCCGGAUUUUAUUUUGCGGAGACUCAUUACACGAGAAGAUGCACGCAUUGCAUGGCGUGAAAAGCUUGCAGUAUGCGUUCUUCUCCUCCUAAUUACCGUCAUCGGACUGUUCAUUGUCCUGUACAUUCCCGUCUUUUGGUGCCCCGACCCAUCCAUUUACACACCAGAAAUGGUGAUUGCACCAAAAACCCGCGCAAAGCUUGAAUUCCUACGCUCUCUGUACCCGCAGGACACGUUUUGUUAUUACUACUCUUGGAUCAUCCUGGUCCUCUCUGGUCUUUCCGGCAUCGUGCUCAUCGUCAUUGUCAUUGCGUCGGCUUACACACAAUUCAAAUCCUACCCGACAAAUGACAGUCUCCAAAAAGGUGUGAUUCUCCAUGUCCCUUGCUAUUCAGAGACCAAAGACGUUUUGCAAAAAACAGUGGAUUCUGUGGCGGACCUGGAGUAUCCGGAUGAGAAAAAGCUGUUGUUUCUGGUCAUGGACGGGUUGAUUGUCGGCAAGAACCAAAAAAUGCCAACACCCGAUAUCUUGCUGCACGAUGUGUUAUUCUGGGAAGGGGAUGAGCGCGAUCCGGUUACUUACCCUUCCACUGGAGUUGGAGACCUUCGCAUGAAUGCUGCUCAAGUAUACUCGGGAUGGCAUGAGACGGAACACUGCAGUGUUCCUUACAUUGUGGUAGUAAAAGUUGGCCUGAACGACACGGAUAUUUCAAAGCUUGGGAACCGGAGCAAGAGAGAUUCUCAGCUCAUCAUCAUGAAGUUUCUUCGAUCGGUCAAUUUCUGGAAGAACAGGCGUGACAAGUGGUCAGCCCUCGAUAUUGAACUAGACCAGCAUUUUAAGGAUCUCGGUCUAGACCCGCUUGACUUUGAAUACUUUCUUCUCACCGACGCCGAUACAUAUGUCUUGCCAGAUGGGCUAUCCCGUCAAAUUAACGUGAUGGAGCGCGAUCCAACCAUUCUGGGAACGACGGGCGAAACGGCGGUUGAAAACAAAUGGGAGUCAAUUACGGCCGCGGCACAAGUAUAUGAGUAUUUCAUUACUCAUCGGUUCCUAAAGUCAUUUGAAAGCCUUUUGGGAGAAAUUCUCGUGCUCUCUGGUUGCUUUGCAGUGUACCGAAUCAAGCAAAAGAAUCCCGAUACAGGGCAGUGGGAACCCCGGCUCUGCGACGAUUUUAUCAUUGCCAUGUAUAACGGAAGCAAUCCAUACACGGGCGAGCCAUUUGAGUUGACAAUGCACAGAUGUAACUUAUAUAAGAUCGGAGAAGACCGGUUCCUUAGUACACUCCUUCUACGCAAGUUUCAUCGCAUGCACACCGAGUUUAUCCCAAAAGCGAUUUGUAUAACCAGCGUCCCUACUUCGCUUCCUAUUCUCCUCAACCAACGAAGACGAUGGACAAACUCUCUUAUCCACAAUCACAUUGAGGUCUUUGCAUAUGAUCCUCGGUCAGGCCUUCGCGGUCUGGCUCUGCGCUUUGUCGUGUUGGUCGAACUCGGGGUUUGUCUCAUUACGCCAGUGUUGACUCUCCAGUUCCUUUACUUGGUCUUUUGCGCAGUUGUUGAAGCCGGAUUAUACCUUUUCCCGAUGGUCACGUCCUUUGUUCUUUUAUCGGUUGGAUUGAUCAUCACCAUUGCGACGUUGCAUUUCGAGCAGUUGUUUUGGUACAUACCCUUUGUGCUGUGCUUUCCAAUCUUUUCAAUUGUGAUUCCGCUGUGGUCUUGCUGGCGAUUGGACGAUUUUACGUGGGGAACAACGCGCAAAACCGCUCAAGAAGCGGAUACGAUUUCAAUUCUCUCCUCCCGGUCCAGUUUCGCUUCGCGCUCGAGCAUUGCAUCUGCGGCACGAAGCAGCCGAGGAAGUUUCAGUCAGAGCGGUCCGUCACCUAGCUCCUCUCGUAGCAGUCUAGCGACUUUGAAUGCCAACUCAUCAAAGUCAUCAAUCAACUCAACUCUUAUUGGUCCACCUCCCAGCUUGCCUGCUUCUCCGCAUCGCAACAAGUCCUCCAGCUCCCUGUCAACGGAUGACCGAUACCCUUCGCCUCCAGCUACUGCUGUCCUGAGGCCACUGAAAUCCAUGACGGAUCUACCGGGGCUUGUCGAAAACCCGUCACCGAUUCAUCGAACAGGUAGCGAGACAGAUUUGGGCACACUGGAAAGAGCGCAUAUGAAGAGAUCCAGGAGUUUUGCGGAUAAAUUUCCCAAAGAGAUAUAGAAAUGUUGCGUAGAGCACAUUGUUUGCAAGUACAUAUAGGAAUCGUCCUGAGAUGUUUUAUAGGAAGCACUUGUUUAAUUUUCAUUGUCGCUGGGUGUCGCUGGGUGGGGCAAGGACACUUUUCAUCAGAAUUAGUACAUACCAGACACUAUUCACCAAAUGAGCAGAAUGCACAAAUGUCUCGC